AAAUACCUAACCCGUUUAUCCACGAUGCCUUACUAUGGUAUGGUGGCCACAUAUGGUAGGGAUGCCUUCACACGUAGUACUAGUAGCUUCAUUCCAUAUUCCAUAUUCCAUAUUCAUAGCGAUUUCAGUCUUCUGUUCUUCUUGACAAUGCUUAAAAUUUCUCGAACUCGGUUAUACUAAGGCCCCCAGCUGUUUAGAUCUUGUUCCCCCUUUUCUUGCUUCGAUCCCCUGCUCGGGAAUCAUUGCUGCUGCACAAGACUCAAGACUAACUCGCUUUGUGUGUAUGCAAUAUGGAAAAGAAUUACACCGAGUUGGAAGAAGGACCCGAGAGCCAACGCGGUCAUGCUGCUGUCAAUGUGUCACGUCCGGUUAAUCAUGAACACCCUAUAGGCUUACUACCGGGAAGUAACUCGGCGGCGGACUUCCCCCAGGUGGAUACUUCUGUAUCAGUCUCGAUAGAAGCAAACCCCCCUUCACCUGUCAUAAUCAAGGAAUCGUCAACGAUGGAUCUACUAAGAGCCUCAGCUCCACCGGGGAGAACAGCCUCGAUAACCUCACAGUCCUCAUCAGCCUCGCUGUCGGAACAUGAUAGUCCUGCGCGGCCCACCGUCUCCCACACAAUAUCCGUGAAGCCAUCUCUAUCGUCACUAGCUAAUCCCCCAGAGUCGCAAGCAGGAGGAACAGCUCUAUCUCCAAUUCCCUCGGCGUCGCCUGGGAACAGCAUUGCCCCAGCUUCACCAGCCCACAUCCCCAAACCAGAAGCUCCCCCCGCUCCCGCAAUCCCAAAUCCCCCAAGUCCCAGCCCGCCUAAAAAGGCAAUGUUGAAAAAGACCACCUCAAAUUUCAUCAGAAUAUUUGGGUAUUCAACAUGGCGCGACAGGACGCUGUUAUCAGCUUCCAUCGUAGCAGCUAUGGGCGCUGGUGUUGCCUUUCCGUUGAUGACCAUUGUAUUUGGCCAACUCGUCGGCAGCAUCGCAAGCACCAGAGCAGAUCUAAGCGCUGAAGGCGCCCAGGCACACUAUACCGCGCUCAUAAGCGACUAUGUUCUGUUUAUGGUGUACCUCUUCAUUGGGAGAUUUGUACUUGGAUACAUAGCCACGCUGGGCUUCCGCAUGAUGGGCCUGCGCAUCUCCUCCGCGAUGCGCCUAGCCUACUUCAAAGCGCUGCUGGGACUGCCGGUGUCGCUGCUGGACACGCAGCCGCCGGGCCAGGUCGCGGCCAUCAUCACCACCACGGCCAACACGCUGCAGAACGGGAUCUCGGAGCGGUUGGCGGCCAUCAUCCAGAACGUGUCCAUGUUCGUGUCGUCCAUCGUCAUCGCCUACACGCGCAGCUGGAAGCUGAGCCUGGUCACGAGCAGCGGCCUGUUCCUGAUCACCGUCUGCUACUGCAUCACCAUCCCCUUCGUGGUCAAGAACAUGAAGCAGGUGGAGGAUGCGAAUAUUAAAGGGUCGGCCGUUGCGAGUGAAAGUUUUGGGUCUAUCAGGAUGAUCGCGGCGUAUGGCGCGGAGCUGAAGAUGGUGAAGAAGUACAAGGAUUGGGUGGACGAGGCCCAGAGGCGAGGACUGAGGUUGUCCAAGAUUGUCGCUAUCCAGCAGGGAACCAUCUACUUCAGCGUUUAUGCAACAUUUGCUCUCACAUUUUGGUAUGCAGUCAGGAUGCUGACCAACCUUGAGAUUGACAGUGUCGGGACACUAAUCACUGUCUUGAUGUGCAUAAUGAUGAUAGUCAUGGGUGUGGGUGGUGUCGCAGCCCCCAUUUCCGCGACCGCCCGUGCGGCGGGGGCUGCCAGCAUUCUCUUCAACGGCAUUGACGCACCGAGACCCGUCGUCACGGGACUCAAGCACCCUGAAGUUUCAGCAGCAGGGGAUAUCGUGCUCUGGGGUGUCAACUUCACGUAUCCGACAAGGCCAAAGCUCAAGGUACUGGAUGGGUUGAACUUGAUCCUGCCUGCGGGCAAGACCACGGCCAUUGUAGGCCCUUCGGGGUCUGGAAAAAGUACGAUCGUGGCUCUGAUAGAGCGGUGGUACGAAUUAGACGGGGAUGGCGAAAGUAAAAAAUUGAUCCAAUAUUUCCGCAACGGCUCCCUAACCAUCGGCGGAACCAAACUGACAGACAUCGACCUGAAGUGGUGGCGGUCGCAGAUCGGGCUCGUGCAGCAAGAGCCCUUCCUCUUCAACACGACCAUCUUCCAGAACGUGGCGAACGGGCUCAUCGGGACCGAGUGGGAGGCCGCCGACCCGAGCAAGAAGAAGGAGCUCGUGGAGCGCGCCUGCAAGGAGGCCUUCGCCGACGAGUUCAUCUCGCGACUUCCGGAGGGCUACGAGACGCGCGUCGGCGAUGCCGGGAUCAAGCUGAGCGGGGGCCAGCGCCAGAGACUGGCGAUCGCCCGCGCGAUCGUCAAGAUGCCCAAGAUCCUGAUUCUCGACGAGGCGACGAGCUCGAUCGACGUGCGCGGCGAGAAGGUCGUGCAGGCGGCGCUCGACAAGGUGUCGAAGAACCGCACGACGAUCAUGAUCGCGCAUCGCCUGUCGACGGUGAAGAAGGCGGAUAACAUUGUUGUGCUGGCGAAGGGGAAGGUGGUCCAGUGGGGCAACCACGAGACGCUCAUGGCGCAGCUCGGCGGGCCGUACUGGCUGCUUACGAACUCGCAGAAGUUGUCGAUGGGUGAUGGUGAUGGUGCGGAGACUGCGUCGGGAAUCACCGAGGAGGAAAAGAGGACGAUGGAUCUCAUGACGCUGGAUGAGACGAAGCCUGAGGUGAGGGAUAGCGAGAGUACCGUGGUUGAUGGGCCGGCGUACAGGCCUAAGGGUGUAAUGGGGAGCUUUGGGGCUAUGCUCCUCGAGCAGAAACCGUUUUGGCCGUGGUAUGCUGUCAUGCUGUUCGGAGCUAUUGUCGCCGGUGGGAGUCCGCCCGUGCAGGCCUUCAUAUUCGCAGCCCUUAUCUCGUCCUUUUCUUUAUGGGGAGACGUGCUAAUCGCCGUUACCAAUUUUUGGUGCCUGAUGUUCGUCGCGUUGGCGGGCGCAGCAGGGGUCGGCUACUUUGCCUUAGGAUUCACCUCCACGGUUGUCUCAUUUUACAUAACAUCGACAUAUCGUCGCGAGUAUUUCCAGAACAUAAUUUCUAAACGCGUGUCCUGGUUCGAUGGCGAAGGUCGGUCAAUAGGGGCUUUGACCGGGAUUGUCGCCAGCGACCCAACGCAGCUACAGCAACUCCUCGGCACCAACAUGGCUUUCGCAGCGAUAUCAAUUUUCAGCGUUAUCGGCUGUCUAGUCAUAUCCUUCUACUUCGGCUGGAAACUCACCAUUGUUGCGCUCUCCUCGGCCAUGCCGCUAGCUCUGGCGGCCGGCUUCUUCCGAAUUCGGGUUGAAAAGGGGUUCGAGGCCAUGAGUCUGCAGGUGUUUUCCGAGAGCGCCAAAUUUGCUACGGAGUCAAUUGGGGCUAUUCGGACAGUCUCCGCCUUAACUCUGGAAGACAGCAUCUGCAAUAGAUACGAGGAGUUACUGGAGGCUCAUGUGAAGAAAGCUUUCAAAAGAGCUAGAUACGCCACACUGGUAUUUUCAGCAAGUGAUAGUCUGCCGCUGUUAUGCAUGGCUUUUGUUUUAUGGUAUGGAGGGAGGUUAUUAGUAUCAGGGGAAUACGGCACUUUCCAAUACCUGGUUGUAUAUAUAGCCGUGGUGCAGGGCGCCAUGGGAGCAGGCCAAUGGCUCAGUUUCGGACCUAAUAUUGCGCAAGCCACCGCAGCAGCGAACCGAAUUCAAGCCAUGAGACGCAAUGAUAAUGACGACGAAGGAGGAGUUACCCUAAUUAGUGAAAACAUCGACGAGAGCAACAGGGGUGUCAAGAUCGAGCUCCGAGAUGUAUAUUUCAAGUACCCAACACGAGACGUCCCUGUCUUGAAUGGGCUGGACAUGACUAUUGAGAAAGGCCAAUUCGCUGCCAUCGUUGGGCCCUCCGGCUGUGGCAAAACCAGCGUUGUCUCCUUACUUGAACGAUUCUACAAGCUCAAGUCCGGAAGCAUAACGUAUAACGAUAUCGAUAUUGACAGCAUCGACUUGAGAGACUACCGGCAAUCCAUCUCGCUGGUAGCUCAAGAGCCAUCGCUCUUCGAUGGCACUAUCCGCGAAAACAUAUUACUUGGAGUGGAUCCAGACACAAUCUCCGAAGAAGCAUUAGAGCAAACGUGCCGCGAUGCCGGAAUCCACGACUUCAUCAGCUCGUUACCAGAUGGCUACAACACGAAAGUGGGCAUCAGGGGGAUACUGCUAUCCGGUGGGCAGAAGCAGCGCAUAUCGAUCGCGCGAGCGCUUAUCAGAAACCCUCGGCUUUUACUCCUGGACGAGGCAACUUCUAACCUAGACUCGGAGACGGAGAAGAUGGUGCAGACUGUGUUUGAGCGGACGAAGAAGAGUCGGACGAUGAUAGUGGUGGCGCAUCGACUGGCCACCAUCCAGAACGCUGACGUUAUCUUCGUGCUCGGUGACGGGCAGGUACUUGAAUCUGGAACCCAUAUCACACUGCUUCAGAAGAGAGGCGUAUACUAUAGCAUGUGUCAAGCACAGGCCCUUGACCGAUAAUCGUCUGCAUGUUAGAUAUUAGAUUUGGUGCGAUGUUGAUACAUAAUAGCUACAUCAUGUAUAUAUCUACCUAGACCUAGUACAUAAUGAGCGGCAGUACAAGCCGGUAAUGAGGAGAUCAUGAAAGUACUUACCU